UAAUUUUAUGUAGAUAACUCAGUUUGAUAAGAUAACUGAUAAGUAAAUAAGUUUGAAUAAAUUCAAAUAAGAUAACCUCAAUCGAUAAGAUAAGUGAAGUUCAGAUGAGCCAAUAUGUUAUACCGAACUGUUCUGGAGUAAAUCUUUUCGAAUUCAAUGGAUUGGGCCUACCCUCUUGGCAACCUUGACCAAAACUAUAAAUAAACAAAGAUAAACAUUGAAAAUUGGAACAUGAAAUUUAGGAUUACAUCCAAGAGAUCAAUAAAAACCUACUAUAAAAGUAGGCAAAUGAAACCAGAAAAUGACAAUAAACACCUCUCAUAAAAAUACCACGUAACACAAUAUCACACAGUCCAAAGUCCAGAUGUCAAUAUAGAGCUUGAAUUUCGCUCUUCUCUACCUUUAACAAUACACAAUUAUCUCCUAUAUUUUUUGCACACAUACAUUCAAUUAAUCAAAAAAAAAAAAUCUCAAAUUUAUAGGUGUUUUUUAUGGAUUUGUUAUGGGAAAAAGGAGUGGAAAUAGCAAAUAUGGGUGAAAGUGGGCAUGCACAAGUAGUGCCCAUUUCAGUAUUUGUGGCUGUUCUUUGCUUUUGUUUGGUGAUUGGUCAUUUGCUUGAAGAAAAUCGCUGGCUCAAUGAAUCUAUCACUGCCAUUGUCAUUGGAUGCUUGACUGGAAUGAUUAUAUUGUUCAUAAGCAAGGGGACAAACUCUCACAUAUUACGGUUUGAUGAAGAACUAUUCUUCAUCUAUCUCCUUCCGCCGAUCAUCUUCAAUGCAGGGUUUCAAGUUAAGAAGAAACAAUUUUUCCAAAACUUCUUGACAAUUAUGCUUUUCGGUGUAAUUGGUGUCUUUAUCUCAACAACCAUCAUUUCUCUUGGUAGCUGGUGGCUGCUUCCUAAAGUUGGAUUUGCUGCGCUAACAGCACGAGACUACCUCGCUAUUGGUACUAUUUUCUCGUCUACUGACACUGUGUGCACACUUCAGGUUCUUAAUCAAGACGAUACUCCUCUGCUGUACAGCUUAGUUUUUGGGGAAGGGGUUGUAAACGAUGCAACAUCAGUUGUUCUCUUCAAUGCAAUUCAAAAGCUCAAUGUGAAAAAAGUUGGUGAUUGGACACAUGUUCUUGGAAGUUUUCUCUAUCUUUUCUUCGCGAGCACUGCACUGGGGAUUGGUACAGGGCUUCUGACUGCAUAUGCUCUUAAAGCAUCGUAUUUUGGUAGACAUUCCACAGAUCGUGAAAUCGCCCUAAUGACUUUGAUGGCAUAUCUUUCCUACACAUUGGCAGAGCUAGCAGAGCUGAGUGGAAUUCUGACUGUCUUCUUCUGUGGUAUCGUAAUGUCACAUUAUGCGUGGUAUAAUAUUACAGAAAAUUCAAGAAUUUCAACAAGGCACAUAUUUGCAACCAUGUCAUUCAUUGCCGAGACCUUCAUUUUCCUUUACGUGGGUAUGGAUGUUUUUGAUAUGGAGAAAUGGAAAAUGACCAGGCUGAGCAUUUGGACAUUGUUGGGCAUCUACGGUACCAUCGUAUUUCUUAUUUUACUUGCUCGUGCUGCUUUUGUGUUUCCUCUAUCCGCUUUGUCCAAUCGUAUGAAUCGAGAGAAAGAGAGAUCUGGAAGAAGAUCAUCCAUUACAUUUAAAAAGCAGGUAAUUAUAUGGUGGGCUGGACUUAUGAGAGGUGCUGUCUCAAUUGCCUUAGCAUUUAAACAGUUUACAUACUCCGGUGUAACAAUGGAUACGAUCAAUGCUACAAUGGUUACCACUACCGUGAUCGUUGUACUCUUUACUACACUGGUCUUUGGAUUUUUAACAAAGCCACUCAUAUUUUAUCUAGUCCCGCAUUCUCCCACCCAAGAGCCCAAAUCUCCUAAAGAUGAUCUCACCCUACCAAUGCUUUCAAUGGACGAAUCUACUGCUACAAAUCUGAGUCGGGCUAAGGACAGUCUAUCAAUGCUGUUUGAAAGACCCAUUCACACUAUACAUUCAUACUGGAGAAAGUUUGAUGAUGCUUAUAUGAGACCAUUCUUUGGCGGGCCAAGUAACAACCAGCGAAGGUGAGAAGAAACAGCAUCUUCGCUGAUUUACAAUUGGAAGCUAGUCGAGCUUCAGGUUCUGAUUGAGCAAUUGCAGUCCAGAUAGUCCUGUGAGAAACAAGUCUUUAUUUCAUUCAGGCUUUGACAAACCUGCAUUGCGGCUGAGGUGAGGUGAGAGUAAUUUGCCUUGCUCAAUGAAACAGUUUCGGGUGGACAUGGUGCUUGGGGCAAAUGCAGUCCUAAGAACAAAGGCUAAUCCGUUGAUUGCUUGCCCUUGGUGGGCUAGUUAACCAAAGUUUGAUAAUAAUUUAAUAAAUGUUUUUUUUCAUACUUCCACAUUGCUGUCAUAAAUCAUACUAUCAUAGUAUAUAUUCAUAUGAAAGUACAAAUUUAUAAUGCUUUUUCGAAUAUGACAAGGUCAAUAUGAUGUUUAAC